AUUUUUUUUGUUUGUUUAUCUACAGAGGUGUGCGACAGCGUGUUGGUGUCCAACCUGCCGCCAUCAUCCUUCAGAAGCUCCUCCCAGCUGUCCAGCAGCCACGCGCCAGGUUUUGCCAAACUUAACCGGAGAGACGGAGCUGGAGGCUGGUCUCCCCUCACCUCAGACAGGUACCAGUGGCUCCAGGUGGACUUGGGCGAGCGGACCAAGAUCACUGCUGUCGCCACACAAGGCCGCUACGGCAGCUCUGAUUGGUUGACGACUUACCUGCUGAUGUUCAGUGACACUGGACACAACUGGAAACAGUACAGGCAGGAGGACAGCAUCGGGUCUUUUCCAGGAAACUCCAACGCCGACAACGUGGUUCAGUACAAACUGCAGCAGCCUGCCGUGGCUCGUUUCCUCCGUCUCAUUCCUCUGGACUGGAAUCCCAGCGGCCGGAUCGGACUUCGACUGGAGACCUACGGGUGUCCUUACUCCUCUGAUGUGGUGAGUUUUGACGGUGCCAGCAGCUUGGUGUUCAGGCUGAGUCCUGAACCGAGACGAGUGUCCAAACAGAUCGUCUCCCUGAAGUUUAAAACCCUGAGGAAUUCUGGGACACUGCUGCAUGCAGAGGGAAAGGACGGACUCAGCCUUAAUCUGCAGUUAGAAAGAGGAAAGCUGCUUCUGCUCAGGCAAGGCAGCAGUUCAUCCUCUGAUGUGCGGGAGCUCGCCUCCCUUGGUAGCCUCUUGGACGACCAACACUGGCACCACAUCGUACUGGAGCAGAGAAACGGCCAACUCAACCUGACUGUGGACAAACACACGGAGACAGUUCACAUCCCAGAAGAGUUUCACCUCUGGGUCUUCCAACAGCUGAAUGUGGGAGCAAUCCCGAAUCCGGCCGCCUCUAAGAAAAGUUUUCAUGGCUGCCUGGAAAACCUGCUGCACAACAACAUCAACCUGAUAGAACUGGCUAAACGUGGCGACCAUCAAGCUACAGUACAGGGCAAAGUGACCUUUUCUUGCGCUGAGCCCGUUUCUGUUGCCGUGACGUUCCCCGGCCCCCACAGCUUCCUCCAGUUGCCGUGGACGACACCAUCCACGUCAGGGGGUGUGUCUGUAGGGUUUCAGUUCAGGACCUGGAACAAGGCUGGGCUUCUGCUAACCUUCGACCUUCCUCGACAAGGGGGUGUGGCCUGGUUGUACCUGAGUGAGGCGAGGCUCACGAUGCAGAUCCAUAAAGGAGGGCGGGCUCUGCUGGAGCUCAGUGCAGGUUUGGCUCUUAAUGAUGGUCAGUGGCACUCAGUGGAUCUUACCUCCAGACGCGGUCAUCUAACUCUGUCCGUGGAUGGACAAGAAGGUGGUGUUGCUCACGCUUCACCAUCAUUUCCUGUUUCCAUAUCAAGUCAAGUCUUCUUUGGAGGUUGUCCCGCUGAGGACGACAGUCAGGAAUGUGAAAACCCCUUCAACAUUUUCCAGGGAUGCAUGCGUCUUCUCGCCUUGGACAACCAGCCAGUUGAUAUGAUUAUGGUGCAGCAAAGACUUGUGGGAAACUAUAGCCAACUGCAGAUGGACAUGUGUGGAAUCAUCGACAGAUGUUCUCCCAGUCACUGUGAGCACGGCGGCCAGUGCAGCCAGUCCUGGACGAACUUCCACUGCAACUGCUCCAACAGCGGCUACAGUGGAGCCACAUGUCACAGCUCUGUGCACGAGCAGUCCUGUGAAGCGUACAAACACAACGGCAACACGUCUGGGUACUUUUAUAUUGACGUGGACGGCAGCGGACCCAUCAAACCCCAGCUGGUCUUCUGCAACAUGACGGAUGUGAACACCUGGAUGGAGAUUCAGCACAACAACACUGAGCUGACCAAAGUGCGGUCUUCUCCAGGCGUAAACCAGCACUUGGUUCACUUUGACUACAUGUCUGAAGAGGAGCAGCUGUUGUCCAUCGUGGACCAAUCAGAGCACUGCCAACAGGAACUGUCCUACCACUGCAGGAAGUCCCGCCUCCUAAACACUCAGGAGGGUUCUCCCUUCAGCUGGUGGCUCGGCGGACCCGGUUCUGGUCGAGCCCAGACUUAUUGGGGAGGAGCUCAUCCAGACAGCCAGCAGUGUUCCUGCGGGCUGCAGGGCGACUGCGUGGAUCCACAACACUACUGUAACUGUGACGCCGACCGUUUGGAGUGGAGUGAAGACUCGGGACUUCUCACCCACAAGGCGAGCCUCCCGGUCAGGUCUCUGGUUCUGGGGGACGUCCAGAGGCCUGGGUCAGAAGCUGCCUACAGGGUGGGUCCGCUCCGUUGUCAUGGAGACAGGAACUUUUGGAACGCCGCAUUUUUCAACAAAGAGACGUCGUACCUCCACUUCCCCACCUUCCACGGAGAGCUGAGCGCAGACAUCUCCUUCUUUUUUAAAACCACCACCUCCUUUGGGGUGUUCCUGGAAAACCUGGGCAUCAAAGACUUCAUCCGAAUCGAACUGAGCUCUCCCACUCAGGUUGUUUUCUCCUUCGACGUUGGUAACGGCCCGCUGGAGGUGCGCGUGGACUCGAGCGUCCUGCUGAAUGACAACCGGUGGCAUCGAGUCCGAGCUGAGCGGAACGUGAAGGAAGCAUCGCUCCGAGUGGAUGAGCUUCCUGUCGCCACGCAGGAAGCUCCUGCUGACGGACACAUUCACCUGCAGCUCAACAGCCAGCUGUUCAUAGGAGGAACAGCGUCCAGGCAGCGUGGUUUCCGGGGGUGUAUUCGCUCUCUGCAGCUGAAUGGCGUCACUCUGGACCUGGAGGAAAGGGCCAAGAUCACACCCGGGGUUCGACCCGGCUGCCCGGGUCACUGCAGCAGCUACGGGUCACUGUGUCAAAACCAGGGACGCUGUGUGGAGAAACCCAACAGCUUCCACUGUGACUGCAGCUCGUCCGCCUACACUGGAGUCUUCUGCCAGACAGAGGUGUCGGCCAGUUUUAAGUCUGGGACAUCCAUCGUGUACGUCUUCAAGGAGCCAUAUGAGCUGAGCAGAAACCGCAGCGAUCUACCCUCCUCCAUCUACUCUGACACCAUCAUCGGGGGAGAAAAUGUUUCACUGAGCUUCAGGACGACGCAAAGUCCAGCUCUGCUGCUCUUCAUCAGGUCUCACUACAGAGGGUACCUGGCUCUGCUCAUCAACCAGCACGAUGAGCUGGAGUUGAGAUACGAACUGGACAGCAGCAUAGAAGCUGAAGUGUUGAGGAGCAGCGUAAGGGGCUUGGCCAACGGACAUUUACAUACCGUUACCGUCAGAAAAAGGAUGGACUCUGUGUCUGUGCAGGUUGACAACAAUAACAGAGAAGAAUUCAACCUAACGUCAGACGGAGAGUUCAGCAGCAUGGAGUCUCUCGUUCUGGGCCAAGUGCAGGACGCUGACGACCUGGAUCCGGACCUGGCCCGGCUCGGUUCACUGGGUUUCACCGGCUGUCUGUCGGUGGUCCAGUUUAACUCCAUCAGCCCUCUGAAAGCGGCUCUGCUGCACCCUAGCACCAGUCCUGUUGUCAUCUCCGGACCUUUGGUCCAGUCCAGCUGUGGUUCUUCAGCUUCAGCCAAUCCGUACGCAGCAGAGAACACGCACCACCUGUCAGGUGGAUCGUGAUCCGGUGGCAGGCAGGGAGAGGCGACAGGAAGACAACUUGGAAGACUUUCGUCAGGUAUAAUGAAGAGACGUGAUAUUAGCAGUGAAAAAUGAAGCGAAUCUCCCAGAGUGAUAAUAACCUUGUGUGUAGACGGAGGAUGAGCAGCUGCGUCGGGACACAAACUGGCGUCGCUCUGCGAGACUCCGAAGCACAGAUGGGAUUUUAGUGACAAAAGUUACAAAAUCUUCAAAGUGCAUUAUUCUACUUUUUACUUCUAAAAUUUAUAAUUAUUACUCCUCCUGCCAUGCAAUGCAGUAGUGAAUUAUCUUUGCAGAAGCCUUGAUUUCAGAGUUCAUCCUUUGAUGAAGAGGAGAGUUGACCUUUCACCCCCAUGCACACACAAGAGCAGCAACUGAUUACAAAGAGGAACUCAGCAGGUAACAGAUAAUCUGUCAAACUGAGCAGGAGGAGGCUGAAAGGUUAAUUAACAAUCAGAGAAUGCAUUGGUGGUCUUUUUAAAAUACGUUUGUUUUCAGGCAAUGAAAGGAUUCUGUCGGCACACGUUUAGGAAAGCUAUAACCUUCACCUGAAUUCUUACCACCCGGCUCAAUUGUAGGCGGAUCGUUCAAAAAUACCAUCACAGCAAAAACUGUUUUAGGAUAUUCAAUAAGUGUUUGGUCCUGAUACAAGAAGUUCUAAUUCAGUCGAGCAAAGAAUACAACAGCUGUGGUUGCUGCAGGCGUUCCCGGCAGACAACCCCUUUCACCUCCUGCAGCCCCUGGAGGCGGUUCCGGCUGGAUCCCUUUAGGUUUCACCCUAAACUUUUACCUCGGUGUGAAUAAACUUCAUAUAUGGUCGUGAGGAAGCUGUAAAGUAUGUGCCUACGUCAGUCAUUAAAAUAACAGCUAAAUGUGUGCAUAUUAAUGCUGUAGCCAGUGCUUAAUACAUUUCCAUCCAGAUCCAACAGAAUUAUCCUACACUAGCGAGAAAAUUAUAUCUGAACAGUGUAUUGCUGACAAGUUUGUUGGAAAUUAAAAUUGGAAAGAAGAAUUGCCUCAAAUUUACUAUUUAGCUGAAACAUUUGCUGCAUUAUGUGCAAAUCUGUGUCACAAAUUGAGCCAAAAGUGUCUUUAAACAUUGGCUUUUGUUGUACCUGUAAAACAUCUGGUGACACUUUUUUAUUUACUGUCUCUAGUCAGUCACCAACCACCCCAUGGUUGUCUUGCUUUUCUUACGCUUGACUCGUGAAAAUGAAGAUGGAAAGGUUUCCAACCAUUCUGAGACAAAAAUGGACUCGGCUCAUUUUAGAACUUGAUUGAACUUCCAACAGCGGGAGAACAAGAAUCUGCAGUUCGCUGGAAAAAAAUCAAAACCUUCACCAAUGUUUUCACCAAACAGUGAGAUAGUGGCUUUGUAAGGAAAGAUGCUGACCCACAUGUUGUUGUUUAAGGCCGAACUUUCUGGAAGCUUUUCAAGCUAUUUACAUUUUGAAAAACCCAACUGAAAGUGCAACCCCCUUUGUUCAGGCUCCGCCCUCUAAGCCACACCUCUAGAACACAGAAGAACACCAGACGCAACAGAUACAAGUAACCAUACAACACCAUCAAAACAUAACAUUGUUGAACCUCUUUGACCUGUGUUGGCACCUUUAAUGCUCUUCACCUCUGUCUCCCCUUUGGCUUUGCUUCCUGUUCAGCUGCUCCACGCUGACAGACGUCUGUGCACAAAGACGCUAUGAGCAGAGGAGCGAAGGAUGGUCAGAUAAAAGUUUGAUGGAUGGAUGGAUCAGGGUCCAAUCAUUAAGAGCAGGACUUUCAAAAUGACUGAGAUUUUUUCCGGAAUUGUAAGUUUCAGAAGCGAUUAAAAUGGUUCGAUUUUUUAACGCUCAAUUUAUUGGUCACCAUCAGUGCAGAGCAUUUCAAUCAUUAUGGCAAGAAAAGUGCAGAUAAACGUCUCUUACCCCACCUUUAGGUUUGUUAUGAAACACAUUUUUAAUCUUUAUUUUUGCAGCUAACGCAAACAUAACACUGUAUUCAGAGCAAACCUUCAAAUCUGGAAAAAACUCACCACUUUUAUCUCUAAAACUGGAUUCACGUGUGAUUUCUGGGUUAAUGAACCUCCAUCAAUAGUCAAAUGUUUUAACCUCCUGGUGUGGAGGUUAAAUAGUUAUUUAUUCUUUGUCUCUCAGCAGAAUUACAAAGAGUACACCAAAUGUCACAUCUGUAUGAGAAUUGGAGCACAGGCAAAGGACAAAUCUAUUAAAUGUUGGCCAGCUGGAAAAUAUAUUAAAAUUUGAAAAUGGCAUUAACCUUGAAGCUUGUACGUGGCCAGAAACGACAUUUGGAUCGUUUCCAUCUGGCCCUGAAAAAAUGACCUAAAACUGCUUUUUACUCUAUUUUAAAGCAACGUUCAGCUUUAAAUGUUUUAAUAACUUUUGUUUAAGCAAGUGAUUAUCGAAUAAAGUAACUCAAGACCAAAUUCACUCAGUCAUGGUGUUUCACUCCAGCAGUCGUGGGUGGAAGAUGGGGGACAUCUUGAACAGGUCUCGAGUCCAUCACCAGCCGGGAGUUGAACCUGUGACCUUUUCCAAUGCUAGGAAAUGGAGCUGCCAACUGUGAGGCUGUGCAGUUUCACAAGACAUUAAAUUAUGUUGUGCCCCAGAUAAUCUGACUCUGUGUAAAAGUGUCAUUUUUACCUAAUCAGAGAGACUCCAAAUGAAACCCCUGAAAAUGUCUUCAUGUUAUCAUUUUCCAGCUUACAAGUUUCCCAUCCAAGAAACUUCCUCAGUUCACGAAAUUGUUUCCACUUUUAAAACAAAGUCUAGGAUUUGUCCUGAAGGCUAAAUGUGAAAAUAGUCCUCUACCCUUAUUUCCUGUGUUUGCUGCCGAUAGAGAUUAGACAUUUGCACGUCAUGAUGUCAAGUUAGCAUUCAUGGGCUCACCCAUCUUGACUCAUGACAGGGAAGGUUGUUGUUGGUUGAGCGUCCAUGAGUAAGCAGAGCAUGUCUCGGCUAGUAGAAGCUAACUGUUAGCAUUAGCAACUCCACCACAUAGCAGAACUCCUUCAGGCUUAUGUUAUUUGUGGAGAUAAAACAUCAGUGUUGCAAAGCAAAUAGUCCGUGGUAGAGUCGUUUUGCUGUUGGUCAAUCAGAGGUGAGAUGUCCAACUAUCAGGAAAAGAAAACCUGAAACAAACUAGUGAACUUAGUCUUUAAAGGGAUUUUCCACACAAAAUUUUUAUUUGUCUGUUUCAGAAAAAAUUACAAUGAUAGAAAAAUAAGCACAUUGCAUUUGUGCAGGAGAGAUUGGAGCUUGUGUGUGUGCAUGUGUUCGUGUGUUUUACACCAUUUUGCUAACAACGUGCAUCUGUGGGUGUUUCUCAAUGCCAAGGAACUUUGCCUUGAAGUCUUGGCCCCGCCCCGGUUGCCUAGGAGAUACGUCAUCGAGAGCCACCAAGACAUGUUCCAAUCGGUUCCAAUGUUCAUGUUCUACCGAGGCACGUGUUCUCCGUUUGUUAGCCGUUUAGCUAGCUGACCAAGGAUACACGGGAAGUGUCUUGUAGCCUAGCCUUGGUCAAAAAUUACCCACAAUACACAGCGGUAUUUUCUAAAAGAUGGUGGAUCAGAAGCCGGCAGCUACUUCGGGGACAAUUUUCAAGUUUAAAAGUAAGUCAACUAAUUUAAAAUGGUUUUUGUUUAGACCCAAAUAAGUUAUCUGUUGUUGGUUAGUUGCUUAGUAGUGGCAGCUUCGGUGGCUAGCGGGAAGUAACUUGCUUAUAUUUUUUAUUUAAUAAACAUAUUAAAUUAAGGUAAGGUGGCAGCCUCUCCCUGGGCUGCCACCUUACUGUGGUGGAGGGGUUUGAGUGUCUCAAUGAUCCUAGGAGCUAAGUUGUCUGAGGCUUUCUGCCUCUGGUAGGGUCACCCAUGGCAAACAGGUUCUAGCUGAGGGAUCAGACAAAGAGCAGCCAUACCUCUUACGAUGAAUUAUAUAAAUGGAAACCGUGAUCCCUCGCCCAGACGUGGGUCACCGGGGCCCCCCUCUGGAGCCAGGCCUGGAGGUGGGGCAUGUUGGCGAGCGCCUGGUGGCUGGGCUUUGACCCAUGGAGCCCGGCCGGGCACAGCCCGAAGAGGAAACAUGGGUCCCCCUUCCCAUGGGUUCACCCCUCGUGGGAGGGGCCAAAGGGGUCGGGUGCAGUGUGUGACGGGUGGUAGUCUAGGGUGGGGACCUUGGCGGUCUGAUGCUCGGCUACAGAAGCUGGCUCUUGGCUAGGGAUGGGUACCUUUGACAUUUGAAUCGAUUCGGUACUAAUUCCCGGUACCUAGGAAUCAAUACCGGUACUUAACGGUACCAAUUUUCGAUACUUUUGAGUAUUUAAUAUUUUAAUUCUUGUUUAUAAUUAAUAUAUAUUUUUCUCAAUAUAUAACCAUAUUUGAUAAAUAUCACGAUAAAUAGCAUACAACUGUUUGUAUUUUAACAUCAUCCUUGUAGUUUUAUAAGCUGAUAAUUAAACUGAAGCAAACAUCUUUUCUGUGACCUAAAUUUACUGUGUAUCUUAAUUCCUUUUGCCAUCCGUUUUCAUUUGAUUUUUCCUCCUGGGAAGUUAGAAUUUCCGAGGAGAAAGCGAACACACCAUUAGUUGAUAACAAUGGUGGCAAUGGAAGCUAACAUAUCAAGCUAACGUUAUCUUUAAGUUUAUUUAACUGCUGGAGCAGAUUAAAAGGAUGAUGCCUCACACUUAGAUCGCUGUCGCUGGUUUCAUCUUCACCUAAUCACCCGUCGCAUUUAGUAAAGUGAAGCCAAACUUUAGAGCGCGUUCAUGUUCUUCUAGUCGGAAAUUCGGAGUUCCGAGGAGAAAGCGAACGCACCAUUAGUGAAACAGAAGCUAACAUAUCAAGCUAACAUUAUCUUAAACAUUUUAUUUACCUACCGGAGCAGAUUAAGAUGAGGAUGUCUCACUUAGAUCGUUGUCGCUGGUUUCAUCAUCAUCCAGAUACCCAUCACAUUUAGUGAAGUGGACCCAAGCUUUAGCGUGCAUUCUUUCUACCAUGCUGCUCUGUUUACAACUGGCUCGCAGUGACCGACGACAUAACGCUCUUGUGCAUGCGCAGCUUUCUUGGCAAGUUCUCAUUAUGAAGGAUGGGUACCGAAGCGAGGCACCGUUUGAAAUGACGUGAAUCUUUGCUCGGUCGGUACUAUGGAAUUCGGUCGGUACCUUAAAAAGUACCGAAUUCGGUACCCAUCCCUACUCUUGGCACAUGGAAUGUCAUCUCUCUGGUGGGGAAGGAGCCUGAGUUGGUGUGUGAGGUUGAGAGGUUCUGACAGGAUAUAGUCUGACUCACCUCAACGCAUGGCUCUGGCGAUGGAACCAGUUUUCUUGAGAGGGGUUGGACUUUCUACCACUCUGGAGUUGCUCCCACUGAGAGGUGCCGAGCAGGGGUGGGCAUACCAGUUGCCCCCUGUCAUGGUGCCAGUAUGUUGGGGUUUACCCCAGUGAAUGAGAGGUUAGCCUCCCUCCGCCUACGUGUGGGGGGACAGGUUCUGACUAUGGUCUGUGCUUAUGCACCAAACUACAGUUCAGACUACCCACCCUUUUUGGAGACCUUGGAGGGGGUGCUGGAAAGUGCUCCUUCCGGUGACUCCCUCGUUCUGCUGGGGGACUUUAACGCUCACUUGGGCAAUGACAGUGAGACCUGGAGAGGUGUGGUUGGGAGGAACGGAUCCCCUGAUCUGAAUUUGAGUGGUGUUUUGUUAUUGGACUUCCUUGCCAGUCAUGGAUUGUCCAUAAUGAACACCAUGUUCAGACAUAAAGGUGUCCAUAUGUGCUCUUGGCACCAGGAUACCUUGGGCCGCAGCUCGAUGAUCGACUUUGUUGUUGUUUCAUCUGACCUGCGGCCGCAUGUCUUGGACACUCGGGUGAAGAGAGGGGUGGCGCUGUCGACUUACCACUACCUGAUGGUGAGUUGGCUCAGAUAGUGGGGAAGGAUGCCAGUCAGACCAGGCAGUA